AUGCCUCAUUCCAAUUCCGAAGACCCACCGUCACCUUUGCAGCAGCGGCCAGAGGUCUAUCUUACUGAAGAGGAGAAAACCCACCUUCUCAAAAUCACCAAGGAUAUUAGCUUCACCGUGGACAAUGCCCAAGCGAUGUUAUUCAUGGCCGAAAGAGCUCUUAAGGCUAUUGAAGAGCUGCUGGAAGGAAGGGAUCCCAUUCCUGAUUCCCAAAGUCAGAUGAUGUUCAGCCACGCGCGCGAACUUAUUGAUGAUGCCUAUGCAGUCCUGAGUGAUAUUCCUAGGGGUUAA